AUGUGCCGGUUCCUGAUUUAUUCGGGCCAGUCGCCUAUCUUGCUCUCCCACCUUAUCACUGCGCCUACGCAUAGUAUCCUCACGCAAUCUUACGACUCACGGUUGCGGCUGGACCAGACGAGACCGCACAACGGGGAUGGGUUUGGCGUGGGGUACUAUACCACUGCGCCGUCGAGCGGGAGCAGGAAACGCGGUGUCUCGGAUCCAGAGGUGAAGGAGGAGCUGAUUGAUCUUGGGCCCGAGCCGUGUAUCUUCACCUCGACGAUUCCGGCGUGGAACUGCAGGAACCUGGAGCGGUUGGCGAAUAAGACUGUCUCGCCGCUCGUCUUCGCACAUGUACGGGCGAGCACGGAGGGUGCGUUGAGCGAUAGCAAUUGUCACCCUUUCAGCCGUGGGGCGUUGAUGUGGAUGCACAAUGGUGGUAUUGGGGGGUGGAAGCUUGGUGUGAAGAGGAAGUUGGUCACGGACAUUGGGGAUCGGUGGUUUGAGAUGGUGAGCGGGAGUACCGACAGCGAGUGGGCGUUUGCAUUGUUCUUGGACACACUGGAAAAGAUGGGGUGUGAUCCUGAUGAUGCGAGGAAGCAGACGGAAGGGUUCGGGCAUACAGUGUUGAGGAAGGCGAUGUUGCGGACUAUUGAGAGGAUCAAUGGGUUUAUCAAGGCGUUGCCGGAGGAGACGAGGUCCGCGGGGGAUACGAGGAGUUUGCUGAACUUUGCUGUGGCAGAUGGGAAGUCGGUGGUGUGCACGCGGUAUGUGAGCAGUCGGAGUGAUGAAGCUGCUAGCUUGUUCUUCAGCUCGGGCACGAGCUGGCGCGAACAGAAGACCAGCCGUGAUGGGACAAGCACUCCUUGCAAGCCAGGGAAGGGCGAGUACAAGAUGGAGCGCCGCGACAAGGGGGCCGACAUCGUGUUGGUGGCAUCCGAGCCGCUCACCUUCGAGCGAGACAACUGGGUCACUGUGCCUACGAACAGCGUCCUCACCAUCCACAACCAGACUGUUCUGAUCCAUCCUAUCGUCGACGAAUACUACAACCACACGCCUAGCAUGCCGAGGAGUAGUAGGUUCGCUGCCGACAAGGGACAGACGAUCGGUGAUGGCAUUGCGGAGAAGAAGAGCACGAAGGCUGCCAUUGCAGGUCAGAGCGGUGUUGGUGGGAUGAAUGGUGGUGCUGGGGAAGCAGGACUUGCUGCUGCUUGA